AUGGCGCCGCACGAAUCGCCUCGCAACGGAUACACAGUCGAUCGCUCACUUAAGCCAACGUGGAUCGUGUAUUCGUCCGUUGGGAUCGCCAUGCUCGAGGCCUUCCACUACGGUUGGUCCAACUCCCAAGUCAACCUCAGCACCUUCAGCAACACGGAGGAAUGCAAAGCUCGACCAGUGGAAGAAGGCACUUGCCUUAUGUUCCCUGGUCACACACACACGACCUGGACGCUCUUGGUCAACGCGUGGAUUGUGGGCGGUAUGUUCGGUAGUCUACUGUCCGGUUUUCCGUCCAACAAGUUUGGUCGUCGCACUACUCUUCGCUUCAAUGCAAUCCUUAUGGUGUUAGGAUCUGUGAUCCAGGUCGUGGCCAAUAACCCGACGUGGUUCGCCGUGGGUCGCUUUGUGACGGGUGUAGCGAACGGUGUAGCUAUGGCUGUCGUCAACACGUUCCUUAACGAGAUCUCUACGCCUCACAACCGCCACGCCUUGGGCACAAACACACACUUAGCUGCAACGUUAGGUAUCUCCGGAGUAGCCACGACGUUCUGGUACUGGAAUACGACGUCCGGUUUCCGCUGGAUCGCUGCGAUGCCGAUUCUUUUCGCUGCCGGUUUCGUAGCCCUGUCGUUCUUCUUCAUGGUCGAGAGUCCCGAACUGGCGCGUCUGUAUGGAACACAGAACGUCAACGUCAUGAUGGGUUGGAUCCAAGCGAACGACCGAAGAUCCAAGCUCCCUUCGACGUUGAGUGGCGUCUCGGAUAAAGUCCACACCGAGACGAACUGGACAAUCUUGACCAAUAAAAAGCUCCGUAAGCCGCUUGUCAUCGCGCUAGGACUGACCUGCAUCAACCAGUUGGUGGGUAUCAACGCUGUGUUCUUCUAUUCGUCGUCUAUCCUCAAAGAUGCCGGUAUUUCGGACUCCCGUGCUGGACUUAUGAUCAUCGACAUCUUGAACGUUGUCCCCGUGCCGAUUGCUGCGGCCUUGACGAAGAUCAUGCGGAAACGUACCAUGUUGAUGUCGGGUAUCUUCGUGAUGGUUCUGUGCUGUAUCGGCAUGACGGUCUCGCUGGUUUACAGUGUGGGUUGGCUCUCGAUUGUCUUCCUUGGCGUCUUUGUGGUGGGCUACGACUUGAGCAUCGGCCCGUUGCUCUGGCCGAUUGUGGCUGAGCUCUUCGCAGAUUCCGCUCGAGGUGCUGCGGUUGGUAUCUGUCUCACCAUGAAGUGGAUCUGCUCGCUCAUUGUGGGCAUCGGCUUCCCGUACGUUGAAGAAGCUAUCACGAACUACAGCUUCAUGCCGUUUCUGGGUACGACGGUACUCUCCAUUGUCUUCAUCUACUUUAUGGUGCCGGAGACGUCCGACAUGACUAUUGCGGAAAUCCAGGACGGAUUCCGUAGCGAUCACAGCGUACAGUCGUCUAGCAAGAGUCAGAUGUAA